UUACAAGGCUGUCCGAUUUACUAGAAAUAGCAAUGAAAUUUUCCUCAACCCACACCCAAAACUCUUUAAUCAGAAGAUAGAAGGGAUAAUAUAUUCUAGACUAGGGUAAAUUGUGUAGAAGAUAAUAUAUUUCAGACAAUGUAUCCAAGUUUGGAAUAAGUUUGAAUGGAUGCUGUUGAAACACCGAUGAAGUUCAACGGAUCCAGGCCGACCCAGGGUUAAAUUAGGUAAAGAGACAAGUUCGGCAGAAAAUGUCGGCAAGAUUUCCGUAGAAGAACAGUGAGAAAAAUUAACUCCAAAAUUAUCAAUGUAUUUUAUUAAAAAUAAUUCUACGAGAAACUAUUUUAUAUUUUUUUCAAAUUUCUGUUUCUAAACAUUUAUGGCCUGGAAUUUCCCCACACAAAACUAUGUGUGUUGCGUUGUUUUCACUCAAUUAACAAAGAUUAAUUAAUUAAAAGCUGUUUAUUAUGAUUUAAUUUGAUCAUGUAAGGUUGAACUGGGAACUGAAGAUUUCUUCUUUACACUCAGACCUGAUAUCUGUAAAAAUCAAGCAAUAGUGUAUCAAAUCUUUUUCACCAAAAAUGCCUAAAAAACAAACUGUGAUGGAUAAUUCGAUGGAGGAUUUGAAGAAUGGCAAUGGAGAUGCCGAUAUCACAAGUUCAAUACAGGAAGAAAAAUCUGGUGAUAUUUACAAGAAACGACGCUUACGUAACAAUAUUGCAGUACGCAAAUGUCGCAGCAAAAAUCGUAUGAAGGCAAAAGAAACUAUUGAUAGAGUGACACGAUUGCGCAAAGAAAACCAAGAUCUGCAACAAAAAAUACAGACUCUUAAUAAAGAACUGAGUUUCUUACGGGACUUGUUUGUAGGACACAAUAGUUCAAUGGAAGAAGGUCAUUGCAAUAUCGAUCUCAAUUGUCCAGAGAAAAAAAAUUAUACUGAUCAUGAAUAUUCUGUGACUCACAAAACAAUAAAAUCAGAGUAAAAUUGAUUUUAUUUAUGCAUUAAAAAAGACAAACACAAACUAUUUAAUUAUUGUCAGAACCUUUCUAUAAUGAUGAGGGGGUCGGGGACUGAAGAGAGACAAAAUAACCUUGAAAAAACUCAAAUAUGUUUAACCUUUUGUCAUCUGCCUGAAGGUAUAACUUAUUUAAUUUUCCCUUGUAAAAUUAAGUUUCUCAGACACUUAAUGACAUGAAAGAGUUAUGAUAUUAAUUCACCCUGAACUGUGUGUUGUUAAAUCAUAAUUAUUGAACGCAAUUUGAUGUAUCAGUUGCUUGAAUUCAUUCAAGGCUUUCUAUGAAAUUGAAGUUGAAUAAUUUCAGUUGCACUGCAA